GCUGGUUCUCGGUGUCGUAUGUCUGAUGCUUCCACGCCGGGGGCCGGGAGAGGGUCCGAGCCUUCCAGCGCAGAAAAGACUGCGGAGUGCGUCGUCGUCGAGGGGGUUUCUCUCCCCAACUACGACUUGGGUGGGAGCUAGCGAUGGCAGGAUGGGGACCUGAUUCAUUGACUUUUGUCCGGGAGUCUUCUUAAAGCAGAAGCAAAUUUGUGGAAGCAAAGAGGGAAAGAGGAUAGAACCAGUUUGCCUGUUAAGAUUAAUACAGCAUCUCAUUUAAGUUCCUGCCACAGUUUCUUCAAAGAAGAAAUGGAAUCUAAUUCAUCAGACUACUAUAAUAAAGACAAUGAAGAAGAAAGUUUGCUUGCAAAUGUUGCUUCCAUAAGACAUGAACUGAAGAUAACAGAAUGGAGUUUGCAGAAUUUAGGGGAAGAGCUAUCCAGUGUUAGUACAAGUGAAACUUCCGAUUAUGCCUGUAAUUCCUCAAGGUUUGAAAGGCUCAUUUUGGAAGAUCUUGCUCAGCCUAGCCACCCUGGACUGUUGACUUAUUCACCUUAUAAAAAAGUUUGUAAACUGUCCAGUGGCAAUACCGAUUCUCAUAAAAAGCCAAGAGAUAAGGUGUCUUUUGCAUUUUCUACCCCUAUGGACCAGGAAAUCAAAAGCCUUCGAGAGAAACUUAAUAAACUUAGGCAACAGAAUGCUUGUUUGGUGUCACAGAAUCAUUCUUUAAUGACUAAAGUAGAAUCCAUCCACUUUGAAUUAACACAAUCAAAAGCAAAAGUUUCUAUGCUUGAGUCUGCUCAACAACAGGCAGCAAAUGUCCCAAUCUUAGAAGAACAGAUUAUAAAUUUGGAAGCAGAAGUUUCAGCCCAAGAUAAAGUUUUGAGAGAAGCAGAAGAUAAAUUAGAGCAGAGCCAGAAAAUGGUAAUUGAAAAGGAACAGAGUUUGCAGAAGUCUCAAGAGGAAUGUAUAAAGUUGAAGGUGGACUUACUUGAACAAAGUAAACAAGGAAAGAGGGCUGAGCGACAAAGGAAUGAAGCACUAUAUAAUGCUGAAGAGCUGAGUAAAGCUUUCCAACAGUAUAAAGAAAAAGUGGCUGAAAAACUGGAAAAGGUUCAAGCUGAAGAAGAAAUAUUAGAGAAAAAUCUAAUUAACUGUGAAAAAGAAAAUAAAAGACUACAGGAAAAAUGUGGUAUAUAUAAAAGUGAAGUUGAAAUUCUGAAAGAGAAAUUAAGGCAGUUAAAGGAAGAAAAUAACAUUGGAAAAGAAAAAUUAAGAACUAUGGCAGUGAAAAGUUCAGAAGUCAUGGCACAACUAACUGAAUCCAGACAAACUGUUCUGAAGCUAGAGAGUGAGUUAGUAGACCAAGAAGAAAUACUUAGAGAAAAGUUUUCUGUAAUGAAUGAAAACAAAGAAUUAAAGCUCCGAAUUGCAACACAGAAUGAGCGACUGGACUUGUGUCAGCAAGAAAUUGAAAGUUCAAGGGUGGAACUGAGAAGUUUGGAAAAAAUUAUAUCCCAGUUGCCAUUAAAAAGAGCAAUGUUUGGUUUUAAAUCAUCUCUUUCUAAACAUCAGAUGAGUAGUUUGUCAAACAAAGAAGACAGUUACAUCAGCUGCUGUGAGGCAAAUAAAAUGGUGAUCUCAGAACUGAGGAUUAAGCUUGCAAUAAAAGAGGCAGAAAUUCAAAAACUUCAAGCAAACCUGACUGCUAACCAGUUAUCUCAGAGUCUUAUUUCUUGUAAUGACAGCCAAGAAAGUGGCAAAUUAAAUAGUUUAGAAACAGAACCUGUGAAACUAGGCAGUAAUCAAGUAGCAGAAAGUAUAAAAGAUCAAAACAAGCACUAUGAAAGAGAGAAGCAAAGACUUGCUGCUGGAAUAGAAGAACUACGUACUAAGCUGAUGCAAAUAGAAGCUGAGAAUUCCGAUUUGAAAGUUGACAUGGCCCACAGAACUAGUCAGUUUCAGCUGAUUCAAGAGGAGUUACUAGAGAAAGCUUCAAAUUCUAGCAAACUGGAAAGUGAAAUGACAAAGAAAUGUUCUCAACUUUUAACACUAGAGAAACAGCUGGAAGAAAAAAUAGUUGCUUAUUCCUCUGUUGCUGCAAAAAAUGCAGAACUAGAACAGGAACUUAUGGAGAAGAAUGAAAAGAUAAGAAGUCUAGAAACCAAUAUCAAUACAGAGCAUGAGAAAAUUUGUUUAGCCUUUGAAAAAGCAAAGAAAAUCCAUCUUGAACAGCAUAAAGAAAUGGAAAAGCAGAUUGAAAGACUUGAAGCUCAACUUGAGAAAAAAGACCAACAAUUUAAAGAACAAGAAAAGACUAUGUCCGUGUUACAACAAGACAUCAUAUGUAAACAUCAUCAUCUUGAAUCACUAGAUAGACUCUUGACGGAAAGCAAAGGGGAAAUGGAAAAGGAAAAUAUGAAGAAAGAUGAAGCUUUGAAAGCAUUGCAGAACCAAGUAUCUGAAGAAACAAUCAAGGUCAGACAACUAGAUUCAGCGUUGGAAAUUUGUAAAGAAGAGCUUGCCUUACAUUUGAAUCAAUUGGAAGGAAAUAAAGAAAAGUUUGAAAAACAGCUAAAGAAGAAAUCAGAAGAGGUAUAUUGUUUACAGAAGGAACUAAAGAUAAAGAAUCACAGUCUUCAAGAAACCACUGAGCAAAAUGUUAUUCUCCAGCAUACUCUUCAGCAGCAACAGCAAAUGUUACAACAGGAGACGAUUAGAAAUGGAGAGCUAGAAGAUGUUCAAACUAAACUUGAAAAACAGGUAUCAAAACUGGAACAAGAGCUUCAAAAGCAAAGGGAAACUUCAGCCGAAAAGUUAAGAAAAAUGGAGGAGAAAUGUGAAACAGCUACACAUGAAGCAGAUUUGAAAAGGCAAAAAAUUAUUGAGCUUACUGGUACUGCCAGGCAAGUAAAACUUGAGAUGGAUCAGUACAAAGAAGAGCUGUCUAGGAUGGAAAAAGAAAUAAUGCACCUAAAACGAGAUGGAGAAAAUAAAGCAAUGCGUAUUUCUCAAUUAGAUAUGAUCUUAGAACAGACAAAGACAGAACUAGAUAAGAAAACAAAUGCUGUGAAGGAGUUAGAGAAGUUACAGCACCACACUGAAACUGAGCUCACAGAAGCCUUGCAGAAGCGGGAAGCACUAGAGACUGAACUGCAGAAUGCUCAUGGAGAAUUAAAAAGUACUCUCAGACAGCUGCAGGAAUUGAGAGAUGUACUGCAGAAGGCUCAGUUAUCACUAGAGGAAAAAUACACUACUAUAAAAGAUCUCACAGCUGAACUUAGAGAAUGCAAGAUGGAUAUUGAAGACAAAAAGCAAGAACUCCUUGAAAUGGAUCAGGCACUUAAGGAGAGAAAUUGGGAGCUAAAGCAAAGAGCAGCUCAGGUUACACAUUUGGAUAUGACCAUUCGUGAGCAUAGAGGAGAAAUGGAACAAAAAAUAAUUAAAUUAGAGGGUACUCUGGAGAAAUCAGAACUAGAACUUAAAGAAUGCAACAAACAGAUAGAAAAUUUGAAUGAAAAAUUACAAAAUGCCAAAGAACAGCUUCGAGAAAAAGAGUUUAUGAUUCUGCAAAAUGAACAGGAGAUAAGUCAACUGAAAAAAGAAGCUGAAAGAACACAACAAAAGAUUAAAGAAAUGGAAAGCGUUAUAAAAGAGCAGGAACAGUACAUUGCAACUCAGUAUAAGGAGACUGUAGAUUUGGGGCAGGAUUUGAGGCUAACCCAGGAGCAGUUGCAGAACUCUCAUACAGAAAUGGUGGAAGCUCGUCGUCAACAAGUACAAGCACAGAGAGACAUAGAAAGACUCUCAAGUGAACUGGAGGAAAUAAAGCAGCUCUCUAAAGAGAAGGAAGUUCGUGGAAACCAUUUAGCUGAAGAAUUGGGGGCUUCUCAAGUACGUGAAGCUCAGUUAGAAGCAAGAAUGCAAGCAGAAAUCAAGAAAUUAUCAACAGAAGUAGAAUCUCUCAAAGAAGCUUAUCAUUGUGAGAUGCUUUCACAUCAAGAGAACCAUGCAAAAUGGAAGAUGUCUGCUGACUCUCAAAAAACUUCUGUUCAGCAAUUAAAUGAACAAUUAGAGAAGGCAAAACUGGAAUUAGAAGAUGCUCAGGACACUGUAAGCAAUUUGCAUCAACAAGUUCAAGACAGGAAUGAAGUGAUUGAAGCUGCAAAUGAAGCAUUACUUAUUAAAGAAUCAGAAUUAACCAGAUUACAAGCUAAAAUUUCUGGACGUGAAAGGGCAGAAGACAUGAAGUUUCUAUCGGUCCCAACAGGAAUUAUGCCAGACAUUGAAGAUCUAGAGUUUGCUAAACAUUCCAAUACACCUUUUUUCAAGUGUAAAAAACUACGUCGCUCUAUUAGCGCCAGUGACCUAAGUUUCAAAACUCAUGUUGAUGAAGAUCUUUCUGAAGAAUUACUACAAGACCUAAAGAAAAUGCAGUUAGAACAGUCUUCAACAUUAGAAGAAAGCCAGAAGGAUCUGACUUCUAACCAGUUAGACUCAUUUGAUCCUCUCAUGUAUAACCUAGAAGAUGAUAGUUCUGAGAGUAAUGACUUUAGCACUCUUAGUGGAAUGCUAAGAUACAUAAACAAAGAAGUGCGACUAUUAAAAAAGUCUUCUAUGCUAACAGGGGCUGGUUUAACUCAGGGAGAAAAUUUGUAAUUAAAAGAAGAUGUACAUAUGAUGAACAGUGGAAUUUGUGGUACUGUGCUGUGUUUACUUAUAUGUAGCUCAUACUUCAUAGAGGCUAUUAUUGUAUUGCUUUUGAAUAAAUUUUGUAUUUCAGUAUUUUUAAAGAAAGUCCUUUAUUCUAAAGCUUAAUUGUAUUUUUAGUGAAAAUUAAUUCACUCCUUUUAGUCAUUUUUUAUUUUAAUUUACUGUUUCCUUUAUUCUUAUCUAAAAAUCAUUGUUGAAAUGCAUAAGUGCUUUGAGUUAUUUAUAUUUUAGAAAGUUUACCCUAUUAUUUGCUUAUUUUCUAGUAAUACUUCAUUUUUAAAAUUAGUAAUAUGAAUUUAGAAGUCAUUCUACCACAAGUUCAUAAUUGUACUAAUAAUGGCUGACUUGUUGAAUGCUUACCAUUUGUCGGGCACUAUUCUAAGCACUUUUUAUUAUUAGCUCAUUUAAUCCUGAUAACAGUGCUGUGAAGUAGAUACCAUUUUAUUCCUGUUUACAGAUAAAAUCAUUUAACACAAUGAGAACAAGACGUGUGUUCUAAAGAAAUUGAUUUUUUAUAAAUAUCAAGAGAUGGACUUUGGGUUAGUGACUCCAUUUAUGUAGGGUUAGCUCUAUGGUAGAAUAAAAAUAAUGCAACAAAGUUAAGAUGACAUAUUUAAGGCCUCAACUUUUAAAGUCUCUCCAGAGAUUGGAUUUGACGUCUUUAAACCAAAUAUUUUAUUUAUAAAUUAAUAUAAAUGUAUCCUUAUAAAACAAUAUGGAGUUAAUCUUUUCUGAUAGUUGAACAUUAAAGACAUUAAUUUCUUGGCAGUGCCACUUUGAACAACACUAAUUCGUGAUUUAUGAUUAUUUGUCAGGGGCAGAAU